AUGCAGGCCGGGCUUCCCGCCCGUUCGUUGUAUCGAUGGGUGGCCCCCAGAGACGGGUCAAGUAGGAGGGGUUCCGGUACGAUGACACCGGAAGAGACCAGAAGAGGGGCACAAUAUGAUUUUUGCGAUGACCGAGACAGCCAACCAAGAACCUUCACGUCAACCUCAACUGCACCUAGGGAUGUUUGGGGGAAGCAAUCUGAGGCUGGCAGUCUUCGGGAGGUGAAGUUGCGGAUGACAAUGCGUGAAGGAGAGGCGCAAGGCAGGCGAGACGCACAAGCCGCAAAGAGGUCUGACGAAUCACAGGCCGAGCAAGAGGACGAGAGGGAGGGGAGAGGGGCUGGGCGAAAGAAUGCGAGACCCGUCGUUAAGGGUCUGGCCGAAUGGAACGAAAUUGUGGCACCGGGCGUGAGAGGAGAGGCAGUGGAUGCAACAAGACAAGACAAGCCUAGUAGAAGAGAGGCGGAUGGAAUGGAAUCUUCCACCGCGGAGGAGACACACUGA